AACUUUUUGUCAUAACGGAUUGUUUUCGUGAUCUAUAUACGUGUCUGUGCAAAGUACUUUCUAUCUGAAAGAUGUGAACGUGUGGUAAUUUUAAAUAUUUCGCAGAAUCAAAUAUUAUAAUAAAAUUACUAACUUAAAUAAAAACUCAUAUACAUUUGUAUAUGAAAAAUACUCGUAAAUGAUAAUUUAAUUAAAACCAAAAGACAUUUUACAUGCUAAUAAACUUUAUAUUGUCCCGACGGAGCCAAUCAACAAUUAAGUCAAACUGGAGGAGAAUAAAUGUGAACCUAUCUACAAAUACAAAUACAGGAUGAGUCUUGAUUUCCUGGAAAACUUAUCUAGUGAUUAUGAAAAUGCUCUAGUUUUAACUGGAUUUGGAAAGUUUCAUUUGCUUUUGCUGACAAUAUGUGGCCUUAUUUACUUAAACACAGCCAUUGGUGUGACUAUUUUGUCAUUUGUUCUUCCAUCAGCGACAUGUGACUUUCAAAUGACAUCUCAAGAUAAAGGAUGGCUAUCAGCCUCGCCCAUGCUUGGCAUGCUACUGGGAUCAUAUUUUUGGGGAUGUCUGGCAGAUACAAAGGGUAGAAAAAUCGUACUCAUCGCAACUUUAAUAGCAGACGGAAUUUGCGGUUUAUUGUCAUCAAUAGCGCCGUACUAUUUAAUGUUCCUGUGCAUACGUUUCUUCAAUGGAUUCAACGUAGCAGGCGCCAUGGGCAUUGUAUUUCCAUAUUUAGGAGAAUUUCAACCAACCAAAUAUCGGGAGAAGAUUUUAUGUUGGAUGGAAUUAUUUUGGACAUGUGGCAUUAUAAUUUUGCCAGGUAUCGCGUGGUUAGUCAUUCCUGUUGUAAUUCAUUUGGAAUCAGACGUAUUCUUUUAUCACAGUUGGAAUCUAUUUGUUGCAAUUUGUGCAAUUCCCAGUUUAUUACUGGGUUGCUGGUUAUUUGCUUUUCCCGAAAGUCCCAAAUUUUUACUAGAACAUGGAGAAACUGAAAAAGCACUUAAAAUUCUUGUAUAUAUGUUUGCUAAGAAUACUGGACGAAAACCAGAAGAUUAUCCAUGCAAGAGUCUCAUUGCUCCGAGUCGAACUACAGAAAAAACUGGUGAGAAAAGCGUGCGAAAUUUAAGACUUCGAAAGCCAGAAGAACUGAAGUUAUUGCUUGCAGAAAUUUGGUCACAAACAAAAACACUCUGCAAGAAACCUCAUCUGAGAAAUACAUCAUUAACAUGCGCCAUUCAAUUUUGUCUGACAACGAGCUACUACACAUUAAUGGUAUGGUUUCCAGAAUUAUUUCAAAGAUUUGAUGACUACGAAAAGUUAAAUCCCGGCGUAUCAGCAUCUGUAUGUGAUGUAUCAUCAAUAGUUGUAUCAAAUUCAACUUUUGAUGCAUGUGACGCUGGAGUAGAGGAAAAAGUAUUUCUACAUACAGUUAUAAUCGGUUUAGCCUGUAUACCCACCAGUUUUUGGUUACCACUCUGUGUACAUCGAUUGGGUAUUAAAUUCUUCUUGGUGUUCAGUUUAACAGCGGCAGGAGUAGUAACAAUAGGUCUGUAUUUUGUAAGAACGUCUCUUGAAAAUCUGAUACUUUCCUGCAUUUUUGAAGCGCUUACAUCUCUAAGUAUAAGCACCGUCUACUGUGUAAUGGUGGAUCUUUUCCCAACCAAUUUAAGAGUUAUGGCGGCAGCAUUAUCAAUGACUUUUGGUCGCAGUGGAGCUUUACUCGGAAAUCUAAUAUUUGGUUUUCUAAUUGACCUCAAUUGUAUUAUUCCUAUUGUUGUGUUUUCUGCAAUGCUUUUCAUAAGCGGAUUUUUAUGUUGGUUGUUACCCAGUACAGGGUCUGAUGCCUUAGACUAGAUGUUAAACGAUUAAAUAAUUUAAUUAUAUAAAUUAAGGUUACAUGUCCCGUAUAUAUAAAUAUACACUGUAUCUUUCAAAAAAAGACACUCGUCCUAAAUCCUUAUGGUAAAAAAAAUCUAGAAUUAAUUAUAAUUAAUUGUAAUAAAAAUAAAAGCCAAACACACUAAAUCCAUCAAUAUUACACAAUUUUAAAUACAUCAUUAAAAAAAUUAGAACGGCAAUUGUUU